GGGGUCUUCAGUCUCGAGGUGCAAUCCGUCCCAAACGGGACGCCCGUCUAACGCCCGACCAACGGAAAAAUUCCGGUUGUUUUUUUGUUUUUCAGUUGAAAAUAUAAAUUCGGGUGAGGAGAAAUUUUCCGAGGUUGAAAAUCGCGUUGGAGAGAAGCGGAGUUUGCCCAGUGUGUUGUGGUGAGUGCGCGAGUGUAAUGUGGCCGAGGCAUGGAUGAGAGGCGGCAGAGCCAGAGAUCGAGGCGGCGGGCUUCGAGGAUCCUCGCGGAAAAGAGGCGGCGUGGGGCGGCGCUCAGCUGCGACGAUGAGUCCCCGGCGAGGGAGAGGGCCAAGCCGCCCAGGAGGAAGAAGAAGGAGCCACUUUACGAAGAAGACGUCGUCGACGGAUUCGCCAUCCUUUCUUUCAAGACCUUCGAAGACAUUGAGACCUGUUUGAAGCUCGGGAAGGGCGCUACGAACGGCGUGAUCCCGACCAUCACCCGGGACGAACCCGCCGCCGUCAAACAGGAGCGAGCCUCGCCCGUUCCGCCUAAGAUCGUCAACAACCACCAUGAAAAAGCCGCCCACGAUGUAGGCACCAGCGACGACAGCUGCAGGGAGAAGGAAAAGAGGAUAAUCAAGAGGGAUCCGGAAAGCGAAGACAAUAGACUAAGCGAUGCGAGCAGCCGGUGUAGCUCCGGUCGUGGAUAUAUCUGUGAUAGCGAAGGGGACGACGACAAGGCUUCGGAUUCAGGAUCUGUACUCUUUUCAGCAUCUCCCCCGCCUACGAGAAACCAUGAAAGUAAACCAGCAGACGUUCAAAUUGUCAAUGGUCAUACACCCACGAUCAAGACUAAUGGAUCUCCAAGGCCUGAAACUCCUCCGCCUCCACCACCUCCAGUUCAGGCAGUGCAGCCUAUACAGCAACAGCCACCGCCCCAGCCUCAGCCACCGCCUCCACAGCAACCACCGCAACAACCGGUCACCUCCUCCAACCACUUCCCAGCUAUGCCAAAUGGUGUCCCUAAAGUAGAACGAGUGAGCCCACCUCCAGUCCAUGUAAGCUCUCCACGGAUUAUACCUCCGCCUAGCAGUACAUACACAACUAGGCCAGGAGUGGGAUAUGUCGGUUAUCCACCUCCACCGCCACAGCCGACUAUAUGCCAUCCAACAACCGCCACAUCCCAACCCCUUCCGUAUCAGCCACCUUUGUAUGCCCCUUACAACAACACUCCAUAUUUACCUCCAUCUCACCAGUUGGCGAGAAGAUCUCCUGUUGGGUUAAAACCGAUCACAACCUCUGUGGGCCCUGUCAUGCCGACAACAACGACGUCGAGUCAUCGCGACAUGGUGAACACCCCGUUGGUUGGAAGAAGCCACUCACCCCGAGGUCACAGCCCAACCAGAGAGCGAGACAGUUACAGCAGCAACGUCAGCAGCUUGAGCAGAGGAAGUGUCGGAACCCCCGGUAGCAUACCUCCUUACACCGCUCCUCAUCAUCCGCCACAAUCUAGUCUCCCUUACAACAAGCCUUCCAUUUGGGUCAGCUCGAACACUGGUCCACAAGUAUCUCCUGCUGCAAGCAGCAGACUCGGUUUCCCGCAUCCUUUUCCUCCUCCUAUGUUCCCUCCAACUCAAGUCGCGCCCUCACAACCUCCGCCCGCCCCUGCACCGCCUCCCAAUCCUUUCUCCGCCGAGUCUUUGUUCCAGUCAAGUAAGUCAAGUUCUAUUCCAGAUCAAGGUGAUUUAUUAAGAAGGGAGCUAGACUCGAGAUUUUUAGCAAGCCAGGAUCGCGGACCUUAUAUCAGGACCGAGAUGCACCACCAUCAGCAUCAGCAUACCCACGUUCACCAGCAUACCACUCCAAUAAUCCCGCCUCCGCCACCGACAUUGUUCACCUCGCCAAUAGUAAGUGGGACCGGAUUCACACCGGGGGCAGCCGUCGAAUCGCCAUUCUACAGGCAGAGCAUCGGCUUCACAGGAUACCCGGGAUACUCGCCGGGACUCAUGCACCCGACCUUCGGACCCUCUACGCCGUUCGCACCUCCUACUCAUAUUCCUACAUUUACACCAAAACAAUUGACUGAGCCUUCUAAACCUAAAACAGUGAAAACGGGAAAAUGGAAUGCGAUGCACGUAAGGGUGGCCUGGGAAAUAUACCACCACCAGCAGAAAGGAGGCCUGAGUAUGGGGGGUGAGAGCAAAGUUGGUACUCUCAUCGGAAAAAGCGACCUCCUUCGACCUCCGACGCACAUGUUCGGCCCGCCCCAUCCUUUCACACCGGCCCAUAGAGCUCCGCCGACGUUUGAACACACACCACCGACUUUUCCUCCAAUGGGAACAAGUGUGUUUGGAAGGUACCCAGCUGCAACGGCUACGUUUCCUUCGUUACCAGCUUUCCCCCCUCCUGCAUCAAUGCACGAUCCUUGGGCUAGGCUGCAACCCAGGCCGGUACCGACACAGGGUUUCCCUCCGACGAAUCCUUGGACUUUGAAGCCUGACCCGCAUGAAGAGAGAGAGAGGGAAAAGGAGAGAGAAAGGAGUCGAGAAAGAGCGAGGCGUGAGGAAAAGCAAAGGAGGCUCGUCAGCGUGAGCAAAGUGAGGGACAGGUCACCUUUAAGGGCGGAACCUCAAGUAGUACCUGCAUCGAGUAAAGACGACGAGGUGGCGAUGCUUUCGAGACAGCAGCAUUUCCUCACACGCCAGCCGCCCAGGCCUUUACCCCCGCACUUCCUAGCAUCGCCUUGGGAUCCUUACAGGUACGACACCUUGAGGUAUAAUCCGUUGGUUGCGGCGCUCCGUGAAGAAGAGGAACAGCGAGCGAAACUUUUCGGAACAUACCCAGGAGCUCCUCCAAGUGUGGCACACCUCCGGCCAAAAGCCACCAGCCCUCCUCACAGACUACCUCCUGCUCAUCAGCCAAAAGAAGAAUCAUCUCAGUCUCGAUAGCAGUUAUAAAACAUAUCCAGUAGAUUAAAUCGAGUCUUUGACAAUGAAGAGAAUCUAGUGAAAUUUAAUACAAGUAAAUUGAGUACGCCUCCAUGGGGUUAUGUUCACUAAGUCAUUAUUAGACUGAGUUUAAAACAACAACAUAAAAUUGUAUGUUUUACGCAGACUGGAAAAUGCCUAGGCAUUGUGAUAUUACUGAAUGCGUUUUAGCACUCAUUUAACUUAUUUUACUUAUGACUUGUUGUUCAAGUUGAUAUUGUAAAAGAAUUAUAACAGUUGGCAGAAAAAGAAAAGUUAUUGUAUUUAAAAAAAAAAAAAUUUAAUUAUAGUGAACAGAGAUUUGAAUGAAAAACUAUUAUUCUUAUGAAUAUUAAUAGCAGAAACUAAAAGAAAUUAUAGCGUUAUUAACUUAUUAUUUAAAAAAAUGAAUUUAUUACAAUCUAAAAGUGUGAUAAGGGUUUAAUAAUGUCAAUUGAUUUAUUUAUUUUGGUAUUAUUUCUUUGGGAAAAGUAUCAAUUGUUACAAUUUUUUUUCUUGCCUAGUAUUUUCAUAUUGGAUCCAAAACAUUAUCAAUUAUAAUUAUAAUAAGGCUUACUAUUUAUGUGCCAAGGUUGCUUGUUUAAUCAUACUUGUAAGCUUGUAUACAAUCUAUAUUUUAAUAUUAGAAUUUUAGAAGAUAAAAAUGAUAGAUUUGGGACCCGAUUGGUAAAGAUCUGAUUUGUAUAUUUGAAAAUGAAAUUUAAAUGUAAAGGGGACCACAUAAGAAUUAAUCCAUGUUUGAUACAGUCGUAUUUGAAUUGGCAAAAAAAUUGUUCCCAAAGAGAUAAAAAAAAAUUUCACCUAAAUAAUAAUUGUUUAUUUUUAUUUGAAUAAAGAUUUAUUUAAUUUUAAUUGUUCUUUUGUAAUUUUUCACUGUCAAUUUAAUUGCUGUUUUUUUGUUUUGUUUUUUAAAUUGUGUUGGUAUGUUAUUUUGACACAUUUAUUGUUUCCCGUGAAAAUAUAAAUAUAAAAGGGGGAAACAAUUUAUACAAAAAGAAAAAAUAUUCUGGCAAUGUUUUAGUAAUUCUCAAGUGAAAAAAUUGAAGUUGAGAGUAAAUACCAUGGUUGAAGCACACCCUACUUUCUUAUUUAUUUAUACCGACUACACCAUUACUUACUUUCAACCCCAGGUGUUUUUUUUUCUUUACCUGGUUCAUUAAUGGUUUUAAAUAAAAAUGACAAAGAUCGAUUAUAGAUUGGUUAAUUUAUAAAAUAAUAAUUUAAAUUUUACAAAACAAGUUAUUCGACUAUGUAUUCUACAAGCAAAUAGGUAGAGUGUGCAUUAGUAUUAUGCUAAAUCAGCAAUGUGCCUAGCCUUUUAUUAUGUAAAUACAUCACAUGUUAAUGUAAAUAUUUGUCAAUUUUAUUGUACAUAUACGAUAGAGUGAUGUGCUGUUUAGUUUAUAUUUAACAUGGAUAUUAUGUAUAUAAUUAUACGUAAAUUUGAGUAUGCUCGUUGUAAUUUGUACCUAAUUUAAAUUAUGUGCGUUUGUAAGGAACUACAGUUUCCAAGAAAAGGUAAAUAAAAUAAAUUUGUAAAAUCGCUAUCGACAGAUAUUUACAAAAUAUUUUUAAUGUAGUGUAUAUUAGUAUAGCAUCAUGGAUGUAAAUGUUUUUCAAUAAGAAAUAUAGUGAUUAAUAAUGAG